AUGGCAUCCGAGUCAUCCGAACGAACCAUCUCCGCUGGAACCCUGUCGGCAGUUGGCGCUAACCCCCUCGCCGGAGCAUACCACUAUGUGUCGAUGAAGUUGACAAGCCGGAACUUCCUGUUCUGGAGGACGCAGCUGAUUCCGUUCCUCCGUAGCCAAGAUUUGCUGGGCUAUGUCGAUGGUAGCAUCAAGUGCCCGCCAGCGUUCAUCGUCCCGGACUCCGGCGAAUCUUCGUCGGCCGUGACUACUGCCACCGCUACGCCAAAUCCAGCCCAUAAGGCGUGGGAGAAGCAGGACCAGGCCAUCCUCUACCUUCUCAUCUCAUCAAUGGCGGAUGAGGUUCUCCACCUGGCGGUUGGCCGGAACACCUCGGCGGAAGUAUGGAGCUCCAUUAUUACCGCCCUCGGCUCAUCCAGCGAAGCCCGCUGUCUCAAUCUGUUUGGGCAAUUCCAAAUGCUCCGGCAAGGAAACUCAACCACCGCGGAGUAUUUAGGCCGUGCUGAGCUGCUCGUGGAAUCCCUCGCGCUCGCUGGACGCCCAUUGUCGCUCACGGAACAGAAUCUCUACGUGUUCCGUGGUCUGCGAUCGGAGCUCAAAGCCUUGGCCACCUCGCUCACGGCAACCGGAUCACCGGUCUCUUUGGCUCAUUUGUCUGAUUUUCUGCAGGCUAAUGAGUUUAUAUUGGUAGAUGACUACCCCUCGACGGCAGACAUUGGCGGCUCCCACACCGCCCACUACACCAGCACGGGUCGCGGCUCUCCGGGUGGUCAUAAUGGUGGACGGCAGUCGCACAACCAGCAGCAUCAUCAGGCUGGUCGCGGCCGUUCCGGGCGAGGUGGACAGCAACGUGGCGGCGGACGAGGCGGUCGCGGAGGUCCUCGGUGCCAAAUCUGUCGGAGCCACGGACACACUGCGGUUUACUGCUUCAAGCGCUAUACCACACAACCACCACAGGUUCACGUUGCUGUUUCGGGAGAAGCACCCACCGGCACAGUAAUACCGGCCGCCGGAGAUGGUUGGUACCCGGACACGGGGGCUACGGCUCAUGCCACGCCCGACGCCGGGAUGAUGUCCCAUUCCGAUGAAUAUUCGGGUUUUGAUGUGUUGCGCGUUGGUAAUGGCGCAGGUCUGGAGAUUUCGCGAAUUGGAUUUGCAUCUGUCCCAUCCUAA